UUUGAACUAAUGUCUAAGAAAAACUUUGUUUCUAGGGGUUUGUUGUUGUAUCCUGAUGGACCCUUCAAUGUAGAAAAAGAUUCUACUGAUCUGUCUGAGCUCUUCCGACCAUUUUGUAAUUUACUAUUCAAAAUUAGAGAUUUGCUGUGGACAUUAACUGAAGCUGAACUCCAUGCUCUUGAAAAAAUGUUAUGCAGCCAAGAGGAGCCCAAAAUUGAUGAAAAGUCUAAUUUAACUGAUGAAAUCUCUUUAAAAUUAACAGAAAAUAGUGUAUCCCACUAUUAUAAAAAACAUCAGAACUGUAAACAGUUCAUACAUGACUUUUACGCUUACAAUUUUGGAAUCAUGAUUCCUGAAAAUGGUAUUCCCGAAUGCUCUGAAGAUUCAUUAAUGCACGAGAAGCAUGAAGUAGACUUAAAAAGGUCAGAAAAAUACCAAAACAAUGUGGAAUUUGAAGUUCAAUUUGAACAUGCAUGUGGAAAUAAAAGUCAAAGGAAAUCUCCAGAAGUACCAGAGAGUGAUAUUGAGACUUUAGUUUCUGGUGAUUUUGGAAUUUCUGAUUGUGAUGAAAUUUUCUGUAAUGCUCAAAACAGAGAGAGGAUACAUUUUUAUACUGAUAAUGAAUCUUUGAGAAGCCAACAGGAAUCAAGAAAUAAAAAUUUUGAUGAAUCUGUUAGCGAUGAUAGCUUAAGGACUAAUAUGCCCAAUGCUAAUCAUUGCCAUUCAAAUAGCAUGGUUCUGAACCAGUCUCAAAAUACACCAAAACAAAUUUUAACAGAAAAUUGCUCUUACUGUGCUACUGAGAGUAUUGGUUUAGUGGGGCAUACAACUUCCUCAUUAGAAAAUCAUCUUAGCAGAUUGCAUGAUGAUUGCACUUGUGGCAAUAAUUCUUCAAGGGAGCAUCUUACUCCUUCGAGAGAAAUAAUGAGACAAGUUAUGCGAAGAGUAGAAAUUGUUCCACCUGGCCAGCGUAUAGCUGGCUAUAGUUCUGUAGAGAAUAGUCCCCGAGCAUACCAUCAUGGUUUAAUGAGUCAUUCAUUUCCUACACAUCCUGGUCACAUGCAAAAUAAUUCUCGGUCAGAUUAUACCUCUAAUCGACGCAAGACAAAGAGACAAUCUCGUAGGCGUAGCAUCCGCAACCAUUCAGUAUGUCAAGAAAAUGAUACUUCUUCCUCUAGAUGUUAUCCUACUAACAACCAAAAUAAUGCUCAUAUAGUAGAAUCAUCAUGGAAUUUGAAUCCUGUUUAUAGUUCACCUUUGACAAUUCCACGUGUUCAACAUUUGCGUCAUGAAGACGAUCCUGGUAUUAACAGUGAAGCAACCUAUUCAUCUUGUUCUAGUUGCCAGAGUAUAUCGAGUGUCUCUAGUCCUGAAUGGGAUUCUACAAGCCCAGAUACCAGCUCAUACAAUUCAGAAUGUCAAGAUGAUGAGGAAAUUGCAUUAGCUCUUCAGGCAGCAGAGAUUGCAUCUCGUAAUAAAGCACGCUCAAGAUUUAAGAGUAGUCGGGAUCUUUUGCAUAAAUUAUUUGUUUGUGUUUCUGGUGUAGCUGAUCAACUGCAAACUAACUAUGCAAGUGAUUUACGAAAUAUUCUUAAGAGUGUUUUUGACAUGAAUUGUAGUCAGGUCCAAGUUUCUGAAACUAGUAAUUCUGCUUCUGAGACUUGCAGUGGGGAAGUUCAAGGUGACUCCCUCUUGAAUGAAUCAACGCAUAAUAACAAUGAAAAUAUAUUAGGAGAUGAUGGCACUAAUCAUACAACAAACAAUAAUUCACAAGAUGAUGAUGAUAGAGAUGGAAGUUCUGUAGAUAGUGCAGAAGAAGCAGUGCCUGAUAAUUCUCCAACACCGUCACUAGUCAUUUCUGAUGUAGGCCAAGAAAAUGAAAAUAAUAGGGAAUUAAACAUUGGAAUACUUUCAGGUCCUCCAGAAUGGAUGCCAGAUGAAUUGAGCUCUAAUUGCAUGGCUUGCAAAGUACAGUUUACUAUUUUACGGAGGCGUCAUCACUGUAGAAAUUGUGGAAAGAUAUUUUGUUCUCGCUGCAGUUCCAAUUCAAUUCCUCUGCCUCGAUUUGGACACCUGAAACCUGUUCGAGUGUGCAAUCAAUGUUUCAUGUACCAGCUUACAAACCUUGUUAUGCAGAGACAGUUGUGACCCUCGUGGACCAUAUUGUUUUAACCAAUUAACUGUAAGGUCUCAAUGGUUAUGUCGGUGCUAUACUGUAAAAAGUUCAAUUUGAAAAAAGACCAUAUUAGUUUAUGGCCAAUCGUUUUUGUUACUACAGCUGUGACAGCAGCUUCCUGUAUAUAAUGUGUAUUGUUCUUUCUUUUAUGAUACUGGUUAGUUAAUAUUGUAAAAUAAUGUAGAAAAGCAUUACUUACUGUAUAUGUAUGUGGCAGCGCAGCUUGAUGCAGGGUGUUUUAGGCAUGAAGAGAUUUCUGGUUUUCCUUCCAAAGUUAAUAACUAUUUUCUCACCGAAUUACUUGUAAAAGUGUCACAUUCAAAAAUAGCAUACAUAUUAAAUACAUUGUAGAAAAUGUAAUUGUAAACUAUUAAAUUUAUAAUGGCAGUUUGCCUUUUUUAAAGGAAUUUAUUUUCAUUGUAAAGGUUUUGUAUUUUAUUCUCAUAAUUGUUACUUGUAUUUUAAUAGUAGAAGUUUUGUGUUGUGUUUAAACUAGAUUUUUUUUUUUUUUUUUUUUUUUUUUUUUUUUUGGGUGGGUGACAAAAUAUUCAGGAUAAAUUUAUUGUAUUUGGAAUACAUUUUCAGUUUUUUCAUGCAUAAUAAAUUGAAAAGCAAUAUUUUAGAAACAUUUUGGUGUAUUUAAAAUACAAAUCAAAGUUCAGUAGAAAUCUGAUUGCUUUUCAUCCAAGUACUUUCUGUUUUGUAAUAAAGCAAAACUCUGUGAAAAUUUUUUGCAUACAAUUCUGUAUAUUCAGAGAGAUGCAUGUAAGAAAUGGUUGCAGAAUGUCAUUCAGAAUACCUUAAAUAGUAUUUGCACCUUAAUCAUUGACAAGACUUUAAAAAAAUGAAUAACUAUGAAUAUUUUUAUUAACUUAGUAUGCUGCUGCCAUUUAAAUUCUACUUCUGUUUACAUUUUUAACCUACAAUUCAGUGUCCACAAGUAAGAAUAGUAAAUAGAAAGUUUGUUUUUUUAAAAAAAAUUGUGCCUAAAUAUUAAACUAUUUUUUGAUAGGUGUUUUUGUAUGAAUAAAUUUUCAUGUCAUACAUAUCUGAGAUUUGUUGAAAUAUAUAUUGAUAUCUAUAGAAUCUUAUUUUUUAAUUUUUAUAAUUUAAAAUGAAUUUUUUUCAAAGUAUAUUUACAGUCUUGUAUUCACCUAAGGGGUAUUCUGAAACUUUAUGUUGUUCUGAAAGUUUAGAAAAUAAUAACAAUAAGGAAUAUCUUUUAUUUAAAUUCAUUGAUAUUACCUGAAGUCAGGAAUUCAUCAGUACUUUUAUUUCCAAGAUUUUCAGAAGUGCUGCUUUCAAAGUAUAAAGUAAUAACCUUACAAUGCUGAAUUUUGUAAUUACAUAUAAAUAUUCAUAUUUUUGUAUAUAAAAGUUUUGACAAAUUCAUUUAUUUCUUCACAGUAUUGAUAAUCUGUAAGUUUUAAAAAGAAUGCAGUUAUAAUAUGUUCCUACAUUGGACGAUUUUGACUGUUAUUGAUCCAUUUAAGUUUGUUUGGCAAUAAAAUAAUUUCAGUUUUGUAAGUAACUUUUUUCUCAAUACAUUGUAACAUGCAUUAAAUGUAAUAGAAAGAUUCCAAAUGUCUCAAACCACAAUUGAUGAAAGCAGAAGUUUUAUGAUUAACAGGAAAUGUCUUAUCAAUAUUGUGGUGGAAAAGUAGACUUGCAUAUCAGUUCAUACACACAUACAUACACAAAUGCUUCUAUGUAAUAUUUGGCAUCCUGAAAAGGCAUAAAUUUGGAAUCAAAAGGGGGAAUUAUUUUGUUAUAUUAAAACAAUGCAAAAGUUUUAUGAUUAAUUUGAAAAAGUUAAGAUUUUUAUUUAUUUUUUAUAAUUGAUGGCAACUGUAAUAAAAAUUUACUGAUGUAAUUUUUAUAGCAUGUUCGUAGUGCUUAAAUUCCAAGUGUACUCACUAAUUCAUAAUUAAAAUUUCUAGGUUUGCUAAUAUUUUUUAUUUUCUUUUUAGUAUAAUCUUUCUCUCCUCCCAAAAAAUCAUAUUAAUUUUUGCCUUUGAUUUUCUGGCCAUGAAGAUCUGCUUUAAAAGUCAUAUCAAAUUUUUCUAAACAAAAAUUAUAAUUAAUUAUUAUUAUAGUUAUUGAGCUAUAACGAAAGCUUCUCGCCACUGCAAAUAUCGUCUGCGCAAACAGUUCACGUUGGCUUGUUUAAUCGAAUUUUGUCAAACGAUUUUUGGCUUUUGAAAGAAAGUGAUUUGCUUUAGAACACCGUGUUGUGAAAUUUAUAUAUAUAAAAAUCAUUAUCAUUUAAAACAAGGUAUCUGAAAUGGAACUAUAAUGCUACCAGAUACAUUUACUUCCAGAUCCACUGGGAAAAAAGGUCAGCUGUAGAAUGUGUACAGCCUCAGGUACUAAUGUUGUAUCAUAUGACACUCUGAAGGUUUCGUACCAAAAGUUCAAAAAUGAGGACUAUUACAUUUAAGAAGCAGAGUGCUCUAGCCAGCCUGCAAGAACUUAUGGAAGAAGACCAGCAUCUACCACACGAGAGCUUGCUAAGGAGUUGCAUGUUCAUGCCAUGUCCAUUAGUCAUGCUAUGCAUCGAAUGAACUUGACAUACAAGUUGAAUUGCUGGGUGCCCGUGCCACAUGAGCUGACUAGAGCAGAUAAGUACAGGCGUGUUUGAGCCUGCACUUAUCUGUUCAGCAGGAGUUGGAUGUUUGUGCCAUGUCCAUUAGUCACACUGUGCAUCGAAUAAACUUGACAUACAAGUUCAACCGCUGGGUGCCGCAUGAGCUGUCUAAAGCAGAUAAGGACAUACAUACACACGAAUAUCAACACAAAUAUAUCCUGUGGGCCUGCACGAAUAUCAACACAAGGACAAAAUUCCUGACUGGAUUGUCACUUGUGAUAAAAAGUGGAUGCUGAAAAUGGGGUUAGUCUGACCGAUAAAAACCAUUGGCAAUGUCACAAAACACGAUUUGACUAACAAAAAGAUCAUGCUUUUUAUCUGGUGGGAUUGCUGUGAUCUGGAAAAAGGUAAAGCCCCCGAGAGUAAGAUGUACAGCGAGAUGCUAGUCCGUGCUGACGCUGCUAUCAAGGAAAACGUGGAACUCAGUUCCAGCACAAAAGGCUAAGAUUCCAUCAAGAUAAUGUCCACAUUCACUUGCUGGACUGUAUACAGACUCGAAUGGGAUCUUUUGCCACACCUACUAUAUAGCCCCAACAUUGCUCCUUCAGACUUCUACCUUUUACCACACCUACAGCUAUAUCUUGUUGGUGUUAUCUUCCACUCUGCACAGGAUGUUCGAAAUGAGGUCGAUCUGUUUUUGAACUGGCGACCACCAGAUUUCUGGGUGGCGAAAGCUUUGAAAAAUUACUAAAAUAUUCGCAGAAAAUCAUAGAUUUGGGUGGUGACUACUGCCUGCACUAAAGAUACUUAUUUUAUUUUUUAACUUUAUUAAAAACGUUUUUUGGUGGAAAACUUUCAUUACAACCAGAUAUUAUUAAAAUUAAUUAUUACUAAAAUUAUUUGUGUAAAAGUACGCUGCUCACUAUUUAAAACUAAAUACUAUGAUUUCCAAAUUGAAGAUGCAUCAUAAUUCUAUGUAAAUUAACCUUUUUCCCGGGGCUGGGAUGUCCCACACAUUCAUAACAUUAAAUAAAGCUCAAAGAAAUUUACUAUGAAAAUUUCAAGUUUGCUACUUAAUGCAGAGCAGGAAAUGGCUGUCCCUGCUGAUCUGUUUUCCUGUUCCUUGCUGAUUGAAUAGUUGACUAAGUGGCUUCAAUACAUAAAAAAUUAGCUUCUGUAGCCCAUGUGAAAAGGUUUUGAGCAAUGCAACUAGGUAAUAAAAAAUUUGUUGUCCGUAGUCAAUGAUUUGCCAUUCACAAAACAAUUGUUUAUUGCACUAAGUCAAUAUUGAUUAUUUGUUCAUUAUUAAGCAAAUAUGAAAUUCUACUGGAGUAUGCUGUUAAAAUAUGAACUUUCUAUCGAAGUCCAAUGAAAGGCAAUUUCAUUGAGAUUUUUCAGUAAUAUACUUAUUAGCAUUCCACUGUCAAGCCAUUAACUCCACACCAUCAUGGGUCAACCUCCAUAUUUGUUGGAAUUAAAUAGCUGAGUUAAGAGAUGUUUCCUUAAAAAAAAUAAUCUUAUUUCAUUUCUUUAUUUCAAAAGCUCCCAAGUCUUGGUAAGCUCUAAAACGUUAGCUGGUACUUUGCAUUCUUCCUUACUUACUGAUGAAGCUGAUGUUUUGAUAUUGGCUAAGAUUUGCUUACUUAUUACUGCAGAGAUUUCUCCAACAAGAUUUGCAAAAAAAAUUUUUAUUAAACUUUUGUUUCACAACUACCCUAACAGUCAGUUUCAUUUAUGUUCCACUUAUAUUUUCAAUUAGUUGGCAUUUUGGGCAUAAUAUAACUUUAUCCUUUAACGUUAGCAAUUUGGAUAGAUUUGCCUUUCUCUGACUAAAGAACUAUUUUUUUUCUUCUUUGACAAUCUUUCAGUGCUGAUUUAUAUUUAAGAUUUCAUCCGAUUUUUUAUUUUCAUUUUAAUUACAUAUCUGCAAUCUUUCUUGUUACGAGUUAGUAAUGUUUUAAUAAGUAGAUGAACCUACAUCCACCAGAGACUGUUUUAAUGAAAUCUCAAAAGUAUUAUUUAAAUUGGUAAAAGAAUAAGACUAAAAAUUAAAACUAUUCAAUAUAAAAUCAACGUUUAAAUGGUUGUUUUAAAGGAUUUGUUAAAGUCAAGUAUCCAUACAAUUUCAUUAAUUUUGCAUUAUUAUUAUUUUACAAACUCGUUUGCAUAUAAUGUUUGUUCAUUUAAACACUUAUAAAAUCUGAUGUAAAAAGUAAUAUCCAGAAUACAGAAUUUUUAAUCUACAAUCAAUUCAGUUUUUAGUAAAACUAAGUUAUUUACGUAUAUAAAAAAAAUUCUAUGCUUUGCUUCCAAAAAUUUAUCAAUGAGAAUUUUAGUUUGCCUUGCAUUUCAGUACUGACUGCAUAAAUUCACAUUCUAUAAUGGUUAUUGAUGCAAAAUAUAUAGCUUGGAAAAAUCACAAAUUUGCGAGAUUAUUUGCUCAUGAAAAUACAUUUAAAAGUUUGACAAAUGUUUAGUCCCAAGAAAAAUCAACAUUUAAUAUUUUCGUAAAAAUUAUUUUAUAUCUGUCAAAUAUACGAGUUUCUUUUUUUUAGCUUAGCAUUGAUGUCAUAAAAAACCUAGGGCAAUGAUAUAACUGAAAAUAAUAAUAUGAUUUAUGCUUUUGAAAAGAGCAACACAUGUUUUAGGAAACUUUAAAUGUGUUGUUUCAAAUGGACAUCUGCAACUUCAUGCAUUCAUCAAUCAGAAAGAGUGGUUAUUUAGUGGUUUCAUCAUCAAAAGUACUUUAAGUAUAAUCAUAAGUUGCUUAUUAUGUAUCUUUACAUAGGAUAUAAAUACGCUUUUUAAAGUCAUCAAAUUUUACUUCCAAUUAAUUAUGAGUGAAAUCCUUCCUAUUCUAAAGAAAAUACACACACAGCUGAAAAAGUAUUCUUUAUAUUUUAUAAGGAAGGAUAAAUCCAUAUUGUAUCUUCUUUAUUUCAAAUUUGCAUACAUUAAAUAAAAAUUCGUUGAUGUACACUUUUUAGACAUUCACUAUUGAAUACAUUUUAAGAACUUUGUAAGUAAUCAUUUAAAUUUCCAAAGUGAGAAUACUUUCAGUAAACAAAUGCUAUUUCAAUUCUAUAAGCACUAUACAAUGUAUUGAAAAAAAAUCUAUGUUACAGUUGUGUUAAAACAUUAUUAUGAAAAUGUGCAUCAUAUUUUCUUGCAUAAAUUAAGGAAAGGUGAAAGAAACUAAAUUACUUUAAUUAUGUAAUCACCUAUUUAGCGUUAAUGUCAAGACAAAAUAAAUGCAUAAAAGAACAAUAAAACGAACAUUGCAAAGUAAACAACUCACGUAUUGCUUGGUAUAUAAAGGAACGUCUAUAUUUAAAUCUAAAGGCAAUGAUUUCUAAGGCAAUUUGUACCCGUACGACUACUAAAAGUAAUACAACAAGUAUAUGAUAUUCAAGGCAGAUUUUUCUUGCUCAUUUCAUUUCAUCCAUUCAUUUAUUACAGAAUUAACACUGAUUAUUCCAAUUUUAGAAUACUAACAAAAUCAUUUUACUUUAACAAACAGAUAUUUAAAAAUUACCUAAUUUUUAAAAUAAAUGUAAUAAUUGUAUACUUUUAGAUGAGAUAAAAUAUUAAAAAUUGCAUAAAAAUGUAACGUAACAAUCCUGAACAAUUCAUGCCCUUAUAUGCAAUGUGAAAAAACAUUCAAGAAAUGUAAUCCUUUUUAGUAAUAAAUUAUUCAAUGUUAAGAAAUACAAAUAUAGAAAAUUAAAUUACAGAUUAUCACUGAUAAAAUACUUUUAGGUUGUUACCUUGCUUACUGUAUCCAUUUUCUAUUACUUAUAACUUCAAGUACUUACAUAAUUAACUUACUAAAAAACUUGUUACAUAUUUUUUUUCCAUAUGGAUAAAAUGAAUCACUAAUUUUAAUGAUAAUGUUUUAAUAACAGUCUUGGUUGAUGUCACACGAAUUUUAGCAAAUAGAUUUUUUUUUACAGAUCUUUUUAUAAUACAUUGUCUUUACAAAAACUCUCGCAUUUAAAAAUAAAGUGAAACCCAUCUUACUAUUUUAUAACAAGAAGCCUUUUUUUUUUUUUUCAUGCUAUUCAGAUGAAUUAAUGUAAUUAUGAAAAAUGUUAAAUCUUCAUUUGAAAUUACACACACAUAUAUAACCAUCAUAUAAAAGCACCUUUUUUAAUGAGCUUUUGUAUUAAAAAUACAGACUGAUAAAUGAAACAUAUUACUGAACAGAUCAUCAACAUUAGAGCAUGAAAUAGCGCAAAAGCUUUAAAAACCAAUAUUGUAAAAUUAAAGUUUUAAUUUAAAAUAAAAGUAACCAUAUUAAAGUUACUUUAAGAAUUAUAUAAUAUAAAGGAACUAACAGUCACGAUCUGAAUAAUAUAAUGCAUAUGGCAUACUUUGUUUUUAAUACUGACAUCUAUAAAGCAUACUCAUAGUUACAAAAGAAUUUAAAAACUUUACCAAACUUAAUGAAUUACAUUUUUUUAAUAUGAUCAAAAUCUAGUUAUGACUUUCAAAUUCAUGUAUCUUAUGACUUCGCAUGCUAUAAAAUUAAAUCCAUUUAUUUUUGUAAAACACAAAAUGACACAGGUAAAUGUUACUAAUUUAUUAUCUGGAAAAUUAGUAGUAUACAAGUUUUUUAAUAACAACUUAUUAAAUAUUUCCCCAACUGCUUGUUAUUAUUUAAAUAUGAUGCAUUUCAUCAUAUUGAUCAACUUUGAUAUGGGACAUAAGGAAGAAAUAUUUAAUUACUUGAUCACACUUUCCAAAGACUUUUUCCCCCUCCAUCAAAAAGUACUACACAAAAAAUAAAAAAACUAAUGAAAAGUUUUAUGAUUCCAAAUUUUGAUAGUUAUAGUUCAGUAGAACUGGCUUAACAGUUGCAAUCACUCAAGUUUUGUUUCAAUCAAAUUAAAAAUAAUGGUUACAAUAUGUAAACUAAACAUUUGAAUUAGAACAAUAGCUUUUUCCAGUAAGAUGAAAUAGCUAUGCAAGCAUUAUUUUUAUUUAAUGAGACUGAUUUACACACGUGUUUUUGCUAUAGUGUUUGACUUAAUUAUGUAAUCACAUUAAAUACUUCUGGCAAUAUUUAGCCAUAUUGCAUAAAGUACUUUGCCUAUACAUAGAUUAUAAAGAUGGAUACUGACACAUUUUUUAUUAAUACUGUUAUACAUUUCUGAAGUACAGUAAACCUUUGCCUUGUGGAAUGUGACUUUGCGUUUUCUUAACUGUCGCCAAUUUGUCUGACACCAGAAUUUCAAUUAUAUGUGAUAUGCUGCAGAGUGUCAGCCACAUUGCGACAGUCUUCUUUAAUGACUGGUUUGAAAAUUAAUUCAUUAAAAUAAGACAAACAUUGCUUAGAAUAGCAAACCUGAGCUGUUAAGUUCUCCAAAUUAUCGAUAAUGCUUCAAGAUAUGGUGCUGAAAUCCUCACAGCACUGCAUCCAUUUUAAUCCUUCUGCUGAACAUCACUUUCUUCAUCCCAUCAAUGGAUCAAGGAAUCACAAAAGCAUUCAAAGCCUAUUGUCAAGCAUGUUUACAACACUGAAAAUAAAGCAUCAGACGAAGGAUAGCACAACACACUAAUGGCAUUUUCGAAGUAAUUCAACAUAAGACACUGCAUAGAAAUGAUUAAACUCACAUGGGAACUAGUGAAUUCAACAACAAUAAAUGCUUACUGGCAUCAGCUCAGAUCAGAAGUUAUCAAAGAUUUUAAAGGAUUUCGAACCAUUGAAAAUGAAGCCACGGAAAUCAUAUGAAUUGCAAAAGCAAUAGUCAGUGAAGGAAAUGAAAGAAUUAGUCAAAAAUGACAAAUGAAAAAUUGGAUUAUAACACUAGAAGACAGUGAAGAAAAUAAAGGUGUUUUAAUGCACAAAAAGUUGUUGUUAAAAACCAACUGUUAAAAGAACAGUCUGAUUUUGUAAUGGAGAAUAACCCAAAUGAAUACAAAAGAGGAUACUUUACAACAGGCACUGAAAAAAAACUUUGCAUUCCUUGCUGUGAAAUGUUUAAUGAGUUGCAUCAAACAUUAUCCCAAGCGAAAAUCACUAGCUGUUUAAAAAAUAAUAAUAAUUGUAUCAUGCACCUACUUAUUAAGCAGUAGCAGGUAUCCUUUCAAUUAACAUCAGUUCCAUUUUACUCUUUCAAUUACAAUAAUAUUUAAGUCUGUAUAAAUUAUGCAAACUUUCUUAAUCUGAACUAUACUUAACCCAUGUACCAUGUGUUAAUGACAAAACCUCCACACUUGGCAAGGGUUAACUGUAUUUAAGAAAAUGUUUAAAAAUUAACUAGACACAUGGUUAAAAUGAAGUUAAAAAUAUUCUAGUUUGACAUGCUGGAACACCCAUUUACUUACGAUAAAAAAGAAAAACAAUCUAUUUUUCUAUGUCCCACUUCCUAAAAUAAGAUUAUUAUGGUUUCAGAUAUUUUUUUAAAUAAUCACAGCUGUUAUACUAUUUAAAUAUUUCUAUUAUAUAAAUUCUUCAAAAUUCAUUUAAUUUGAAUUAUUUUGGAAGAUUUACAGUUGGUUCAUUUUUAAUACAUGCAGCCACACACCAUCUCAAUAAAGAGUUAAAUUUUGCCACACAAUGAUUAUUUUACUCUAAAUUAAACCUUUAGAUUCGGGUUAUCUUAUAUAGCACUAAGUCUAAAAUUUGGACUUUGGAACAUUUUUUAAAAUUUUUGUAUGCUUUAUGCAUGUGCAUUUGAUAUUUUUUUAUGAUAAAACAUACGGAGAGCCCUGAUUCUUAAUUUCACUUCAGCACUAAAUAAAAUACCUUUAUAUUGGAGAAACAAUUUAAUUAGCAUACUGUAUGAUCAAUAAUGCAGCUGCCUUUUGCUUGGCAUACAUCCCAAACUAAAACAUUCUACAUUGAAACAUCACUGAUUUUACACCUACUGAAUAACUCAUAUCUCUAAUACUAACCUUGUGAAUUAUUAAUUAUUAAUUUUUGCUUUCAUCACUGCAUGACUAUCAACACAUGGCAGCUUGAGAAAUGAACUCUCACAGCAAUACCUAAACAAUUUAAAAAAAAAAAAAAAAAUAUUAGUAAUUGGAUACUGUAGAGUGGGUAACAUUUUUAUGGUGACAUUAUGCUUAGGGAUGAUUUCAGACUUUAGAUAAUUCUACUGAAGUGUUCAGUGUAUUGACAAGAAAUUUAACAGAAAUUUCUUUCUAUAUGCAAAAAAUAGACUGAUAUUCAGAAGCCGAAAGUUUGCAUUUUCUGCUAUUUGAAUCAAUAAUAACUGAUUUGUUGUUCAGAUAAGCCUUAAGUAUAUGUGGAAAUUUAUUUAUUUAGGACUCGGACAGGGCUUAAGCAUAAGCAGAAAAUACAACAACAUGUAAUAUAUAGUUAAACUAAUAUAAUUCUGGCCUAACUUCAUCAGCCUCCAGUAGAAGAAAGAGAAAAUUUAGCAAACAACACAUCUCAAAUCGCCAAUCUCAUGUUACAUCACCAACAGUUUUAUAGCAGAUGCUAACCAUGAACUUGAACUUUCAGAUAGUUCAGAAGGCUUUCAGAUAUCGCAAACAGAUGGCAAAAUCUUCCAAUUAAUGGAAUUUGUGCACAAGUUGUAAUAAAUAAAGACGAUAUAACAGAAACUUUUCAUAGUGACGACAAUGCCCCAAUCAUCAAUCAACUAACAGAUGGUGAAAUCUGUAGUAUGGUUGUAAAUGCAGAAAAUAUCACUACCGAUAGUGAAGAAAAUCACAGAGAGGAUAUCAAAAAUGAAAACAUUUCAAUUGAUAAUUUCGUGGAAAUUCUCAACACACCAAUUGCAGAACUUGAAUGAUGGAAGUUUUCUAUCUUUGUCAAUGUCUAAAUUAAAAAGAAAGUAUCAGCACUGAAAACGAAGUAAUAUAAAGAACCUACAUUGAAAGAAAUCUUUAACAAAGCAAACAAGUAAAUAUUCAGCUUUUUUUGUAAAUUUUGAUUUCUUGAAGACAUAAAUGCUUCAUUAUUUCAUAAAACAAAUAUUCAUAAAAUAUUUUCUGUUUUUAAUUUUAUAUUAUCUACAUGUCAUUUUACUAGAUUUAAACUGCAGAUCAAAUAGCAGAAAAGUCCCAAAUCCAAAAUUUUGAAGUUUCAAUGAGUCUGGAUCUUGAACUUUGUAUUAUAUAUCAAACUAUUACAAAGACUUGCAUCACUUAAAUGAAGAUUCAUCGUAACUCUUAAAUAAAUAUGCUGCAUUAACAGUUUUUUGUGUAAAUGAGAUCUUUAAAAAUAUCAACUGGAAACUAUUAGUGUACACAAAUUAUAUUUUCAUGCAUGUUUACAAAGAAAUAAAACUAUUUGAUAUAAUAAAUACUUUUGUCCUCAGAAAUAGAGAAUAGAACAAAUAAUAAAUAAAUAUGCAUAUAACAUAAUAAAUAUUUUACAGGAAUUAAAGAUUCUUAAAAAAUAUCUCCUUAAAAUGACACUGGGAAAAAAAAAAACGGCUUUAUUUAGAAACAUCACAAAAGAAGAUACUUCCUCUAUUUUUAAACUUAAUUUAAUGUUAAAUACAGUAUAUAUAUGUUAAUGUGAUUUGCUAAAAUUAAAAUGAGCUAAAAAAAAUUAAAAUCAAAUUUCUUUUACAUUCACUAGAAUGUCAACUAUUGUAUUAAUAUAUACAAGCAUAGCAAAUUAAAAAAACUUUUCAAAAUAGGAAAUAUUGUAGAAUAGAAGCAUUUGUGCAAGGUUUAAUAAAGCAGAAUCAAAAUAACGAUACAUUACUGCUAAUAAAAUGACAUGAUUUUCUACUUCAUUAUAAUCAGUGGGCUUUUAAAAUAUUUUUAAGAAUUAUGAUUAUUUUACUGGAAUAGUCAUUCUCCUCUCUCAAUUUGAAUGGGAAAUAUCUUAAACGAAUACAAGUAUAUUAAAGAUCAUGUUUUACCAUUUUAGCUUUCCUCUAUUCCUGGCAUUUAAAAGCAAUCAACUACAUAUUUCACUUUAAUUUAUUUUAAUUAAAAAUAUUCAGUAAUUUCUUACUUAAAUGAAACUAAAAGUAUAAAAAUGUUUCUUAAAUAAAGCAAAUAUUUUAACCAAGACUUCUAUUAAGAAAACUCUAAGAGAAAACUUUUCAUAUUCAUGAUCUUAAGAUGUAAUUUUUAUUUCAAUUAAAGAAUUUUGCCUAGGAACAAAAAGAACAUAUACAACUUCCCCCCCCCAAACAAACAAAUUUCAAUUUUCACUCACUAGCAGUAAAGCUCUACUUAAUAAUUGCAAUUUAUAUCUAAAGUGAUUAAUAUGACUUCCUUGAGGGGGAAAAUAUCAAAAUAUAUAUUUAUGGGAUUUUCUUAAAUCAGUUACAUGUACUUAGGA